AUGACUGUGAGUGUUGACCAAGAGAUUGUUUGGGUCCGAAUAACUUCGGAAGAUGGCUUCUCCUUCUUGCUAGACAAGCGUGCCGUCGAGUGCAGUGGGACGCUCAAGGAUAUGGUCGACGACUCCCUCGGAUUCACAGAAGCCCACUCAAAGACAAUCUCGUUGGCAUACCGUGCAGCCGUAGUCGAAAAAGUAGUUGAAUACCUCAACUUCAGGUACCUCUACAAGGACACGACCAAGGCUCAAGACAUUCCUGAUUUCUCCAAGCGGAUUCCACCAGAGAUUGUAUUGGAAGUGUGA